AUGAAGGUCUUCUUCGUCUUAGUCAUCAUCUUUUUCUCCCUCAUUCAAUCUUGUAUCUCCUCCGUUGAUACCAUCAUGAGAAGACAGUCCCUGAGAGACGGUGAUGUCAUACUCUCUCAAGGGAAGAGAUUUGCGUUUGGAUUCUUCAGCCUUGGGGACUCAAAGCUCCGGUAUGUCGGAAUCUGGUAUGCUCAAAUCUCUGAGCAGACUAUUGUAUGGGUUGCAAACAGAGACCGUCCCGUUAAUGACACAUCCGGUCUGAUAAAGUUCAGCAGCAGAGGAGAUCUCUGUGUCCACGCAUCAGUCAACGGAACAGUGCCUCUCUGGUCGACUAAUGUCUCUGAUAGUAUCUUGGAACCAACUCUAGUUGCAACACUCUCUGACUUAGGGAACCUUGUUCUGCUUGAUUCAGUAACAGGAAGAACUUUCUGGGAGAGCUUUGAUCAUCCUACAGACACUUUCCUUCCGUUUAUGAGAUUAGGUUUCACACGAAAAGACGGUUUGGAUCGCUUUCUAACGUCAUGGAGAUCUCCUGAAGACCCUGGUUCCGGGAACCGAACAUUUCGAUUGGAACGUAAAGGGUUUCCGCAGAUGGUUCUGUACAAAGGCUUGACCCGGUGGUGGCGUUCCGGGUCGUGGACGGGUCAGAGGUGGAGCGGUGUCCCUGGAAUGACAAGAGAGUACAUCUUCAACAACUCGUUUGUGAAUAACCAGGACGAAGUAACGUUCACUUACGGUGUGACGGAUGCUUCAGUCAUAUCAAGAAUGAUAGUGAACGCGAGAGGACACAUACAGAGGUUCACAUGGAUUGCGAGGGACGAGAGGUGGAACGAGUUCUGGUCAGUUCCUAAAGAGGAAUGCGACUACUACGCACAUUGCGGCGUUAACGGCCACUGCGAUCCCACGAGCUCAGAGACGUUUGAGUGCACGUGCCUACCUGGUUUUGAGCCAAAGAUUCUCCGGCAUUGGUUCUUGAGGGACUAUUCACGCGGGUGUGCAAAGAAAAACGGAGCUUCGAUAUGCAGUGUGAAAGAAGGGUUUGUGAAGUUGAAGCGAGCGAAGAUUCCUGACACGUCAGAUGCAUGUGUGGAUAUGGACAUAUCAUUGAAGGAUUGCAAACAGAGGUGCUUGAGGAACUGCUCGUGUGUUGCUUACGCAAGCGCUUACCACGAGAGGAAAGGAGGAGCAACAGGGUGCUUGACGUGGUAUGGCGAUUUGAAAGAUACGAGGACAUACUUGAAUUCUGGACAAGACUUGUACAUACGUGUAGAUGCGGAAGAAUUAGCGAGGUGGAACAGAAAUGGCUUAUCAGGGAAGAGGAGAGUCGUUCUGAUACUAAUCAGUUUGAUAGCAGCCGUAAUGCUACUAAUGGGCAUUUUGUUCUGUUUUGUAAGGAAGCGUCGGAAGUCGAACAGGCUUAGAAGAUCUUCAACAACCUUUUCCCUUGGUUCUUUUUAUUUUGAAGAUUCAUUCAAAUUUGAUGAAGACGAGGACAGAAACCGGGAGUUACCUCUCUUUGAGCUUAACACGAUCGCUGCAGCGACAAGUAACUUCUCUUUCCAGAACAAGCUUGGAGCAGGUGGGUUCGGACCGGUUUAUAAGGGCGUGUUACAAAAUGGAAUGGAGAUAGCGGUGAAGAGACUGUCGAGAAACUCAGGCCAAGGAAUGGAAGAGUUCAAGAACGAGGUCAGGUUGAUAUCAAAGUUGCAGCAUCGGAAUCUAGUGAGGAUCUUAGGGUGUUGCGUUGAGUUGGAAGAGAAGAUGUUGAUAUAUGAGUAUUUACCAAACAAGAGCCUAGACUAUUUCAUAUUCCGUGAGGAGCAUAGAGCUGAGUUGGAUUGGCCAAAACGGAUGGGGAUAAUCCGAGGGAUUGCUCGAGGAAUAUUGUAUCUUCAUCAAGAUUCAAGACUGAGGAUCAUCCACAGAGACCUCAAGGCCAGCAAUGUACUUCUUGACAAUGAUAUGACUCCUAAGAUUGCAGAUUUUGGCUUGGCGAGAAUCUUUGGGGGCAACCAAAUCGAAGGAAGCACCAACAGAGUUGUUGGAACAUACGGAUAUAUGUCACCGGAGUAUGCAAUGGAUGGGCAAUUCUCCAUAAAGUCCGACGUCUACAGCUUCGGAAUAUUGAUCUUAGAGAUCAUAACUGGUCAUAAGAACAGUACCAUCUACGAUGAAUCUUCAAAUUUAGUUGGACAUAUUUGGGGUCUAUGGGGAAAAGGUGAAGCAAAAGAGAUCAUAGACACGUUAAUGGACGCAGACACUUAUGACGUGAGCCAAGUGAUGAAAUGCGUACACAUUGGGUUGCUUUGCGUGCAAGAAAGCGCUUCGGACAGACCAGACAUGUCCUCUGUUGUGUUCAUGUUGAGACAUAACGCCGUUGAUCUUCCAUCACCGAAGCAUCCUGCUUUUACGGUGGGAAGGAACAGAAACGUCACAAAUGGCGUCAGCUCGCGUAAUUGGCCCAGUGGAGAAACCGGUAGUUCUUUUAAUGAUGUUACUCUCACCAAUGUUGAAGGUCGUUAA